UGUGUGUGUGUGUGUGUGUGUGUGUGUGUGUGUAAUAUAUAUACAUUAGCAUGGUAUUGCAAGAUACCAAAGGGUGGAUAACAAAAAAAGCACUAAUUUAAGAAGUGGACAGUACAUGCUUUGUUUUUGGGCUAAACGUAUACAUUAUGACUGCUUCUGAACUGUAUGUGAACCCCUCUGUAAUCUACAGGCCCUAACCAUUUAAAAAUGAGGACUUCAACCAGUCUGUCCCUAUGCUAUUUGCUCUCUUUCUCAAACUGCUAGCACAAAGCCUACGUGAAAAUUAUUUUUCACAAAAGAUCAUGAAAAAAAUAUCAACUGACCCAAAUCACCUCUACAUAAUUCAGCAGGGAGGUGUGCAACUACCACACAUUAUACCAGUGGAGAAACUACAUCACCUACAUUCAGUUGAAGUCGGAGGUUUACAUACACCAAAAAAAACAGCAAUAUGUUCAGCAAGGGUUAUGGACUAUCUCUUGAAAGUGUUGGAAUAGCUCAUAUUGAUUGUACCAGUCAAGGAUCAAGUGGCAAUGUUAGUUAAUUUAAAUGUAUUUGGUUAAGGUACCAAAUACAUUUAAACUCAGUUUUUCACAAUUCCUGACAUUUAAUCCCAUUUAAAGCCUCCUUGCUUGCACAUGCUUUUUCAGUUGUGCCCACACAUUUUCUAUGGGAUUGAGGUCAGGGCUUUGUGAUGGCCACUCCAAUACCUUGACUUUGUUGUCCUUAAGCCAUUUUGCCACAACUUGGUAAGUAUGAUUGGGGUCAUUGUCUAUUUGGAAGAUCCAUUUGCGACCAAGUUUUAACUUCCUGAUUAAUGUCUUGGCAUGUUGCUUCAAUAUAUCCACAUCAUUUUCCUCCCCCAUGAAGCCAUCUAUAUUGUGAAGUGCACCAGUCCCUCCUGCAGCAAAGCACCCCCACAACAUGAUGCUGCCACCCCUGUGCUUCACGUUUGGGAUGGUGUUCUUCGGCUUGCAAGCCUCCCCCUUUUUCCUACAACCAUAACGAUGGUCAUUAUGGGCAAACGGUUCUAUUUUUGUUUCAUCAGACUAGAAGACAUUUCUCCAAAAAGUCAGAUCUUUGUCCCCAUGUGCAGUUGCAAACCGUAGUCUGGCUUUUUUUAUGGUGGUUUUUGGAGCAGUGGCUUCUUCCUUGCUGAGCGGCCUUUCAGGUUAUGUCGAUUAUAGGACUGGUUUUACUGUGGAUAUCGAUACAUUUUGUACCUGUUUCCUCCAGCAUCUUCACAAGGUCCUUCGCUGCUGUUCUGGGAUUGUUUUGCACUUUUCGCACCAAAGUACGUUCAUCUCUAGGAGACAGAACACGUCUCUUUCCUGAGCGGUAUGAUGGCUGCAUGGUCCCAUGGUGUUUAUACUUGCGUACUAUUGUUUGUACAGAUGAACGUGAUACCUUCAGGCGUUUGGAAAUUGCGCCCAAGGAUGAUCCAGACUUGUGGAGGUUUACAAUUUAUUUUCUGAGGUCUUGGCUGAUUUCUUUUGAUUUACCCAUGGUGUCAAGCAAAGAGGCAUUGAGUUUGAAGGUAGGCCUGGAAAUACAUCCACAGGUACACCUCCAAUUGACUCAAAUUAUGUCAGUUAGCCUAUCAGAAGCUUCUAUAGCCAUGACAACACUUCUGGGAAUUUUCCACGCUGUUUAAAGGCACAGUCAACUUUGUGUAUGUAAACGUCUGACCCACUGGAAUUGUGAUAGUGAAAUAAUUUGUCUGUAAACAAUUGUUGGAAAAAUGACUUGUGUCAUGCUCAAAGUAGAUGUCGUAACCGACUUGCCAGAACUAUAGUUUCUUAACAAGAAAUUUGUGUAGUGGUUGAAAAACGAGUUUUAAUGACUCCAACCUAAGUGUAUGUAAACUUCCGAUGUCAACUGUAGGUAUUACCAUAUCCCUUUCAAUUCACAUUCCUUGCAGAAAGAACUAUUUGCAAACCUUUUUAAAAUGUCCAGAAAAACGGUGGUCUUCAAAGGGUAUUUAUACUUUAAAAUACAUAUUUUAUGUGGAUGAAAGAAUUCUGCCAGCGUUUUAAUGUCCUAGUUUCAUAUUUUAUUUCUUUACCUCCAACUCUAUAUAUCCAAGUGAGCUUAUGAGGACCUUGGGGGAUCAGAUUUACCAUUCUACUCAUUGAUCAUCGUAUAACAGACACUGCUCAAAAGGAGAUGUUUGUGAUAUCUACACUCAGUUGCCACUUUAUUAGGUUCACCACCCUAUUCACAAAAAUAAAUUGCUCCUACAUACACCAAGUCCCAUGGUCUUGGCUUGCUAGACACUGAAGCAUGCAGAGAAGUAUUCAGGUAUUUUUUUUACUGUUUGUUUGAACCUUAGAAUGUGUAAAAUGACAACACCGUCUGUGAUGGUCUUUUGUAACUCAAAAGUUCCAAAACUUGUACUGACUGUAAUAAACUCCAACUGGACUUAAAAAAUUUAAGUCUAUCUCCUUUUCCUAGUUUCAUCAACAGUUUUGAAUUCCCGCUGUUCCAGAUGCAAAGGGGGUUGUACCUAAUAAAGUGACCACUAUCUAUAGACCUUCCAGAAUGUGUUCUGGGAAUUCCCGGGGUAUUAAACAUUUGGCUGUAAGUGUUGAACAGUUUAAUUUAUUACCUCAGGAGAUGGUACCAUUUGCUUGUAUGGGGAUGACAAAGAAGGACUUCAACAAAGCCAAAAUAGAAAAUUAUUGGAAGGGUUCUCUUUGCUGUUAAAUUAGAUACUUAUAUGUAAAUGACUGUUGUGCCUUGAAACUACUUUAGAAUGUGGAACUGUUGCACAAAAAAUUGCAAACAUUGAUUUCAAAUCAAAUGUUAUUUGUCACAUGCACUGAAUACAACAGUGAAAUGUUUACUUAUAAGCCCUUAACCAACGAUGCAGUUUUAAGAAAAUACCUAAAAAAUCUAAAUUAAGAAAAAAGUAAGAGAUAAGAAGAACAUAAUUAAAGAGCAGCAGGUUGCAAAUAGUCUGGGUAGCCAUUUGAUUAGCUGUCCAUGAGUCUUAUGGCUUGGGGGUAGAAGCUGUUUAGAAGCCUCUUGGACCUAGACUUGGAGCUCCUGUACUGCUUGCCGUGCGGUAGCAGAAAGAAGUCUAUGACUAGGGUGGCUGGAGUCUUUGACAAUUUUUAGGGCUUUCCUCUGACACCACCUGGUAUAUUGGUCCUGGAUUGCAGGAAGCUUGUCCCCUGUGAUGUACUGGGCCAUACGCACUACCCUCUGUAGUGCCUUGCGGUCGGAGGCUGAGCAGUUGCCAUACCAGGCAUUGACGCAACCUGUCAGGAUGCUCUUGAUGGUGCAGCUGUAAAAUAUUUUGAGGAUCUGAGGACCCAUACCAAAUCUUUUCAGUCUCUUGAGGGGGAAUAGAUUUUGUCAUGCCCUCUUUAUGACUGUCUUGGUGUGCUUGGACCAUGUUAGUUUGUUUAUGUGGAUGCCACGGAACGUCAAGCUCUCAACCUGCUCCACUACAGCUCCGUUGAUGAGAAUGGGGUCGUGCUCCUCCUCCUUUUUCCUGUAGUCCACAAUCAUCUUCUUUAACACCUGGGGGUGGCUCAUCAGGAAGUCUAGGAUCCAGUUGCCGAGGGAGCUGUUUAGUAACAGGGUCCGUAGCUUAGUGAUGAGCUUCGAGGGCACUAUGGUGUUGAACGUUGAGCUGUAGUCAAUGAAUAGCAUUCUCACAUAGGUGUUCCUUUUGUCCAGGUGGGAAAGGGCAGUGUGGAGUGCUGGUGUGGUAUGCAAAUUGGAGUGGGUCUAGGGUAGUGGUCGACCGACUAUGAUUUUUCAACGCCGAUACCGAAUAUUGGUGUACCAAAAAAAGCCGAUACCGAUUAAUCGGCCGACUUUACUUUAUUACAAAUACUUUACAAAAAAAAUAUUUUUUUUUAAUGACAAUUAUAACAAUACUGAAUGAACACUUAUUUUAACUUAAUAUAAUACAUAAAUAAAAAUCAGCCUCAAAUAAAUAAUUAAACAUGUUCAAUUUGGUUUAAAUAAUGCAAACACGAAGUGAUGGAGAAGAAGGUAAAAGUGCAAUAUGUGCCAUGUAAAAAAGCUAACGUUUAAGUUCCUUGCUCAGAACAUGAGAACAUAUGAAAGUUGGUGGUUCCUUUUAACAUGAGACUUCAAUAUUCCAAGGUAAGAGGUUUUAGGUUGUAGUUAAUAUAGUAUUUAUAGGACUAUUUCUCUCUCUACCUUUUGUAUUUCAUAUACCUUUGACUAUUGGAUGUUCUUAUAGGUACUUUAGUAUUGCCGGUGUAGCUUCUGUCCCUCUUCUUGCCCCUACCUGGGCUCGAACCAGGAACACAUCGACAACAGCCACCCUCGAAGCAUCGUUACCCAUGCAGAGCAAGGGGAACAACUACUUCAGGUCUCAGAGCGAGUGACGAUUGAAACGCUAUUAGCGCGCACCCCGCUAACUAGCUAGCCAUUUCACAUCGGUUACACCAGCCUAAUCUCGGGAGUUGAUAGGCUUGAAGUCAUAAACAGCGCAAUGCUUGAAGCACAGGGGCAAAACGCACGAAAGUGCUGUUUGAAUGAAUGAUUACGAGCCUGCUGCUGCCUACCACCGAUCAGUUAGACUGCUCUAUCAAAUAUAACAUAACACACAGAAAUACGAGCCUUUGGUCAUUAAUUUGGUCGAAUCUGGAAACUAUCAUUUCGAAAACAAAACAUUUAUUCUUUCAGUGAGAUACGGAACCGUUCGGUAUUUUAUCUAACGGGUGGCAUCCCUACGUCUAAAUAUUCCUGUUACAUUGUACAACCUUCAAUGUUAUGUCAUAAUUACGUAAAAUUCAGGCAAAUCAGGCGGCCCAAACUGUUGCAUAUACCCUGACUCUCCGUGCAAUGAAUGCAAGAGAAGUGACACAAUUUCACCUGGUUAAUAUUGCCUGCUGACCUGGAUUUCUUUUAGCUAAAUAUGCCGGUUUAAAAAUAUAUACUUGUAAAAAAUAUAUACUAUAUACUGUGUAUUGAUUUUAAGAAAGGCAUUGGUAUUUAUGGUUAGGUACAGUUGUGCAAUGAUUUUUUCGCAAAUGAGAUUUUGUUAAGUCAUCCCCCUGUGUUGCAUCGAUCGUAAGAUACGUUUAAUACUAGCUAGCAACUUACCUUUGCUUCUUUGCCUACCACCGCUCAGUGGAUGAAAGGUGGUGGUAGGCAGCCUGCAAUGAAAGGUGGUUAGAGCGUUGGACUAGUUAACUGUAAGGUUGCAAGAUUGAAUCCCAGAGCUGGCAAGGUAAAAAUCUGUCGUUCUGCCCCUGAACAAGGCAGUUAACCCACUGUUUCUAGGCUGUCAUUGAAAAUAAGAAUGUGUUCUUAACUGACUUGCCGAGUUAAAUAAAGGUGUAAAAAAAUAAAUAAUAAUAAUAAAAUCGUCCAAAAUUGGCCAUUCCGAUUAAUCGGUCAACCUCUAGUCAACCUCGAUUAAUCGGCCAACCUCUAGUCUAGGGUUUCUGGGAUAAUGGUGUUUGUGAGCCAUGACCAGCCUUUCAAAGCAUUUCAUGACCACAGAUGUGAGUGCUAUGGGUCGGUAGUCAUUUAGGCAGGUUACCAUCGUGAUCUUGGGCACAGGGACUAUGGUGGUCUGCUUGAAACAUGUUGAUAUUACAGACUCAGACAUGGAGAGGUUGAAAAUGUCAGUGAAGACACUUGCCAGUUGGUCAGUGCAUGCUCAGAGUACACGUCCUGGUAAUCCGUCUGGCCCAGCGGCCUUGUGAAUGUUGACCUGUUUUAAUGAUCUUAUUCACAUCGGUUGAGGAGAGCGUGAUCACACAGUCAUCCAGAACAGUUGAUGCUCUCAUGCAUGUUUCAGUGUUACUUGCCUCAAAGCGAGCAUAGAAGUUAAUUAGCUCGUCUGAUAGGCUUGUGUCACCGGGCAGCUCUUGUGUCUUUCCCUUUGUAGUCUGUAAUAGUUUGCAAAAGCCCUGUAACAUCCGGAACUAGUGUUGUACGAUUCGAUCUUAGUCCUGUAUUGGCGCUUUGCCUGUUUGAUGGUUCGUCAGAGGGCAUAGUGGGAUUUAUUAUAAGCUUCCGGGUUAGAGUCCCAAUCCUUGAAAGAGGCAGCUCCUCCCUUAAGCUCACUGCGAAUGUUGCCAGUAAUCCAUGGCUUCCGGUUGGGGUAUGUACGUACAGUCACUGUGGGGACGACGUCCUCGAUGCACUUAUUGAUGAAGCCAGUGACCGAUGUGGUGUACUCCUCAAUGCCAUUGGAAGAAUCUCGUAACAUAUUCCAGUCUGUGCUAGCAAAACAAAUGGUUUGAAUGACCCCCAGGUUAGUCAAGGUCAAUCACAAUUGAAUGUGGAGCAGAGCAGUACCAGGCAGUUCAUAUUCUACACAGGGAAGGAGGAGAGGGAAAUUCUGGAGGAGCCAUCUCAAAGUGAGCAGGGGGUACCAGCGCUGGUGGUGCCUGGAGAGGCCAGACUCAACCAUCCAGUGGAGACACUAUCCACUACCAAACCUGCAGUAGAGGAUAUGAGGUGAACAGGAGAGCAGCAAAGUUGGGAUCUGAGAUCAAUGAGUAUGGAGAAGGUGACCUGAACUUUGAGCAGAACGACACUGAGCUUGUUGAUUUCCUACUUCAGAAUUCUGACGAAGUGGAGUCAGAGGUUGUUGAAUGUUCUGACCCGAUUUGGCAUACAAUUUAGGAUUGUAAACAUUGUACUACUUCAUAUAGAACAAAUUGCACUUGAAAUUAACAUUUCUUUAAAGUUAUUGCAAAUAAAUGCAAAGUUUCCCCUUUUCUGCUACAAUCACAUAAUUAUUAAAUGCAAUAUUUGAGAUUUUAUGUAUUUCUAUCAAAUUAAGACCGGCAUUUCUACUCAAAGCAAACGUUGUAAAAGUAUACUAGACAUAAAAUAAAUCAUACUUAGUUUGAUGAUUGUCAGUCAGUGAAAACGUUAUUCAUUUAUAUGGCUUUAAAUGGCAUUUUAUAGAUAUUAUGUUUUUCUAUCAAGUCAACUGGAAUUUUUACUCAAACCAGGUUGUAAAGGUAUGCUUGACAUUUAUAGAAUAAAUCAUACCUAGUUUGAUUUUUCUGUCAUAAUCAGUGAAAACGUUACUGAUUUAUAUAGCUUUAAAUGGCAUUUCAUGUAUUUCUAUCAAAUCAGAACUGGAAUAUUUACUCAAAGCAAGGGUUGUAAAAGUAUACUAGACAUUUAUAGAAUAAAUCAUACCUAGUUUGAUGUUUCUGUGACAAACGGUGAAUUAGUUAUUGAUUUUUACAUUUGCAAAUGGCUUUUGGCGAAUGUCUGUUGAAUGUCCAAAUGUGUGAAUAUAAAACCAACUUUUACCUCGGUCCUUAUGUUGUGGACCUCUGUUUUCCAGAGAAAAUAAAUAAUGGAUCCGGUGGACUAAUAAUGUACAAUUUCUUGCUCCAUAUCUGCGCUUUUGAGAUGUUGACGACGAGUUUGACCGAGAAAGGUGCAAUUGCGGCCCCCAAUUCGGGGCAUAACUGCAUCUGCAGGAACCCCUCUUUAUACUUCUAUUGGUCCAUUUUCAAGUUAGGACUGGCUGGGGAGCUUGGCUCCAGUACGGUAUGUGGCACUAGUGCACAAUAGCGUUGGAUGCCAGCUGCUGAUAAACCCCACAGAAGAAGGGACGGGGCGACAAUGAGAGCUAGCUUGCCGUGCUCCGGUAGACCAUGUCCUUCACCCCGCCUGUCGGGCACUGUUUUCCCUCUGUUCUGUUAACAACGGCGAGAGCAGGACAGCUAGUCCUAAUGAGGAAUGGUACACAGCAGGCGGGAGAUACAUUGUGAUUUAGCUAACUAGCAAGCAUACGGUGUCGCUAACUACUACACAGUGUCAGCCUCACGCCUGCUGCGCAAGCGGGUGGCGGGGACGACCAGUCAACAGUGUCCUUCGGCAUUGCCUGUCAGGCACGGUUUUCUCCAGUACGCGGGAGGCGGGGGUGACACUGUGUGCUAGCACAAGGUGUCACUAACUAGUUAGUUAGCUAGCACAUGAUAGCGGGGGCAACCGGUACUAGACAGUGUCCUUCGCCCCUGCCUGUCGGGCAUUGUUUUCCCGCAGUUCUGUUAAUGACGGUGAGGGUAGGUGGGAGCGAAGGACAGUGUCUACUAGGGCUGUAACAGUACAUGUAUUUGUCCUGAACCAUUCGGUACGGGACCUCUGUUUGUUCCUGUGGUGGAAAUUCUAAUCAAUAAUGAGAAGAGACCAGGUCAAUCACCAAUCAGGAUAUUACUUUUAUUCAAAACGUAUUAAUAAGGAAUGCAUAGAGCAAUUGCUUCUAUAAUGAUGAGGCUGGUUGGCUCAACACUUCCAAGUGUUGUGGCGAGUAGCUCUGACAUACAAAGAAUACAAAUAUAUUUUAUAAAAAAGAUAUGUCCUUUUAUUCUUUAUGACAAACAACAGAUGUAUGGAAUGAGUCACAAGGUGAAACUUGUGACUCAUACACCAACACUUUGUUCUUCACCAGCUCGGUGGAUUCCAGUGAAUGAUGAUAAUUUUAAGGUCAAGGAAAGUGCAAAAAGGAGCGGGGACAUAGGACACCCUUGACUAGUCCCUCUGGAGAGGGGGAAGUAUUUUGAAUGUUGAGAGUUGGUGUGUACGCUAGCCAUAGGAGCAGAAUAGAGCAGACGCAUUCAUGAGAUGAAAUUGGACCUAAAUCUUCCCAAAAUCUUACAUAAAAAAUCCUACUCCAUCUGGUCGAAAGCCUUCUAUGCAUCAAGAGAAACAACAAUUUCGGGGUCUGGAGAGAGAAGGAGAGAGUAUAAUGUUAAAAACCUGUUUGAUCAUCAGAUAUGACAUCCUGAAGGCAGGGCUCCAACCGGCAUGAUAGAACCUUAACUAAUAGUUUAACAUCAGCAUUCAAAAGUGAAAUGGGCCGAUAUCCACCACAUUCUGCUAGAUCUUUAUCUUUCUUGAGUAUAUGUGAGAUGGAGGCUUGAGUUUGCAUCAGAGGGGAGAGAGCCUUGUGAAAACGAGUCGGUGAACAUAUCUAAUAGUAAUGGGACUAGUUUAUGAGUUUUUAAAAAUAAAAAUCGACUUUAGAACCUUUUAUCUAAUUUUUAUUUAAAAUAGGCAAGUCAGUUAAGAACAAAUUGUUAUUUUCAAUGACGGCCUAGGAACAGUGGGUUAACGACCUUGUUCAGGGGCAGAACGACAGAUUUUUACCUUGUCAGCUCAGGGAUUUGAUCUUGCAACCGUUUGGUUGCUAGGCCAGAACUUUAUUCAUGUUCAUAUCAAUGGAUGGAAUAUCCAAGAUAUCUAAAAAGUUGUCCAUAGCCGUAUUAUCUGAUGGGGGUUCGGAUUUGUUGAGGUUAGAAAAAUGACACAAGUUGAAGUAAUGUUAGAGGGAUCACUUGUAAUAUUACGGGAAGAGUCAUAUACCUAUGAGAUGAGAUGCUGACUGGCGUUUUAAGUUGGUGUGCCAAAAGGCGGCUGGCCUUGUCACCAUAUUCGUAGUACGUCCCCUUUGUUCAUUGCAACAGAAACUCUGCUUUAUCAGUGGAAAGCAGAUUAAGUUGAGUUUGAAGUUUCAGCCUCUGUGUAUAAUUCAGGGGAUGGAGAAGGUGAAUAUUGGCGGUCCACCAGUUCUUGACGUUUCAGUUUUCUUUGUUUGAAAUUAUGAGCAUUGUAAGAAAUUCUUUCCCUAUAAUACCGUUUUGAAAGUCUCCCAAAUAAGAGAGGGGGAGGUGUUGUCAUUUUUAUUUGUUUGAAUGAAUACAUCUAUGUUGAUUUAAAUAAAGUCAUAAUUUUUGUUGGACAAUAGGGCUGUGUUAAAUCUCCAAUUCAACAGUUUUUGCGUUCGGAGUAAGAGCUAAUUCUAGAAUUUGGGGGAAUGGUCCAAAAUUACUAGAACAGAAUAUUCUGUAAUUUUAACUGAGGGGAGAAGGACUCUAACUAUAAAAAAAGUAGUCUAUUCGCGAGUAGGCUUGAUGAACAUGAGAAAAGUAGAAUUCAAUCGGUGGCAUUUCACUGGCCAUAAUAUGAAUGUAGUCCACUGGGUGUUGCCACAGGUCUGAGUUAUGAGAAACAUUUGAAAUUAACUAGUAGACUAUGAAAAAGGGUCAGCAACAACACCAAUUAACAACACCAAUUAAGGCCAACGUAAACCACAGUAGUAUAGAAUGUCCAUUAAAAAAAUCACAAAAAAGGGUAUACCCCAAUGAAAUAUAUAUAUAUAUAUAUACACACACAUGCAUACGUACAAAUAUUGGUAGACAGGAUGGGUGUCUAACCAGCGAGUAACAUUAGUAUCCGAAAUGACGUAAAGGCUGCCAAACUGCAAUGCAGGCUAUAGAUUGCCAUAAGUGGAGCAGCAAGUUCAAGCCUUAGUAAAAAGAAAGAAAUAAUAUAAUAUAAUAAUAAUAUAUGCCAUUUAGCAGACACUUUUAUCCAAAGCGACUUACAGUCAUGUGUGCAUACAUUCUACGUAUGGGUGAUCCCGGGAAUCGAACCCACUACCCUGGCGUUACAAGCGCCAUGCUCUACCAACUGUGCUACAGAAGGACCACGGCGGAGGACAGGGAGGACAUCAAAAUGAUGCGCUUUUAACAGCGAUUGUCUUUGAUUUAAGAAACUAAACAAGAUCAAAUGAAAGUUUACAAAGAGCAGAGACAGCAUAGUAUGUCAAACAUACCUACUGCACCAUCAAGCUUUAGCAUAGAAUUGUUUCACGAGAAACAGAUCAAUAGAUGGCCAUAGAUGAAUGUAGCCUAGUGUCACUAGAACUAACGUUACUCACAUAAUACAGGCAGGUGAGAAAUCAUCCCAAUCCAGGCAUUCAAUAUAUGCACUGUCGGUAGAAGAACUCAGCUUCUUCAUGAGUUUCGGAAAAAAUUGACUUUGUCGUUAAAGGUGACACGGAGACGGGCAGGAUAAGUCAGCCCAAAGCUGAUUCCUGUCUUGUAUCGUUGAAUGUGACCCGUUUCUUCACCAGGCUAGAACUGAAAUCCUAGUAGAACUUGAUCUUGUGGCCGUGGAAAGUGAUGUCGCCAUGUUCCCUUGCCCACUUAAGGACGAGGUCCUUUGUAUUGAUGGAUCCGCAACCUGACACGCCCCCCUCAGGGAGAGAGACAGCUGCAUGUGAGCUUUCACAUUUUUCAACAUGUUUUUUACAAAAGGAUAGAUUUGGAGUAGAUAAACUUUCUGCGGGUACAUAUGCAGGAUGCUACCCUCCACAGCAUGGCCUUCGCUUCAGAUCAAAACCUACAACCUAAUUUUGACCAAAAUUAACUGGAGAGAUUACUGCUUUCAAGGUUUUCUUUUUCCAAGCUAUAUGGAGGGUACUCUAGCAAACAAACAGCAGAGAUCUGAGGACACCAUCCAACCUGGCACUGAGUGGGUAGUGUUUGGUCUGAUGCUAUUUUGAAAACCAAGAAGAAAAAUGUAAAAUAAAGUACAUUACAAUGAUAUCUUUUAUUUAUGGGGACUGAAGUUAAGGCUCCCAGGCUUGCAAGGACAGACCAGAUACAAAUUCAAUUAGCACUAAGGUGUGAGAUUAAAGGUGUCGAGGCCUUUGGGCCCAACAAGUGGCCGGAGUCUUUGAAGCAUCCUCUGAAGCCCGCUCCUGCUGUCCAAAGAGCAUUCACUGGCAUUUUCUACAAGAAAUCUGCCUCCAGAAGUAAAAGUUUUUUCCCAAGUGGGUGUGACAACUACUACCGUUGCCUGCUGCACUGCUGAUUGGAUUCCACCUGGCGAUCUGUUCACCGUCUGCCCUGGUCUGUGUCCCCCUGUCUGGUACAGAGGGAAGAAAGAUCUCAAAGACCAGACUACCUGCUGAACUUUGCCAACAAGACAAACACGUUGGACCAUGUUGACCAUCCUGGCUGCCGGGUCUGUCUUCUUCCCAGGCCUGUUCGUGCUCUCCAAGCAAUGCCUCAAGCACAUCCCUGCACUGAGGUGGAGCGAAGGGGAUGCGGUCAUAGUGUCAGCCAGGUUGGUGUCCUCUGUUCAGGCGAUCAUGGCCUCCUCUGCUGGUUACAUCAUUGCCUCCUCCUGUGAUGACAUCAUUGAGGAUCAGCAUUGGCUCACCAGCGCCUACAUCCUCUUUGCCGUGCCCUACUUUGUGUACGACAUCUACGCCAUGUUCAUGUGCUACUGGUACAAGCUGCGCAUCAAGGGCCAUGAAGGGGACAGCGGCGCCAAACCCCUGGGUGCGGCCCUGACCAGCUACCUGCGGCGCGAAUUCCUCAUGGUACUCCACCACGUCGUCAUGGUCACCGUGUGCUUCCCCGUCUCUGUGUUCUGGCGACAGGGCAAGGGGGAUUACUUCCAAGGCGUCAUGUUCUUGGCAGAAGUCAGCACUCCGUGGGUCUGUUUGGGAAAAAUCCUCAUCCAGUACAAACAGCAACACACUCUCCUGCACAAAGUGAAUGGGGCUACUAUGCUGGUCACUUUUUUCACCUGUCGAGUCCUCCUCUUCCCUUUCCUCUACUACGCGUAUGGCAGGUACGCGUCCAUUCCCCUCCACAUGGUUCCUUUCAACGUGCCCUGGCAAGUUAACCUGGGCGCAGCUAUGCUCAUGGCCCCCCAGGUCUACUGGUUCUCCCUCAUUUGUCGAGGGGCCCUGCGACUCUUCACUGGCUCUUCCCGCUCCCGGAGGCCCCCGGUCACUGCCAAGGAUGACCUGGACGGACAGGCGCCGUCCCAGCCCGCCAAUGGGUACAGCACUCGUGCCACAGAACAAAAGUCAGACUCUCACUGAGAAGUGGGCGGGAGGGUGAGAGGUAAGGAAGGUGGGGAUAAUGUACCGGUGGGUGAAGUUGAAAGGGAAAGAAAGGUAGUGAGACUUUGAACAAGCGUAAAAAAAAAGAAAUGCUUCAAAUGGUACCGUCUUUGUUGCCAGAAUCUAUACUCAAUACCGAUAUUCUGCUUGUGCGAAUAAAGGAAUUGAAGGGAGCGUUUGCACAUUUGAACAGCACACAACAUAUGCAUCAGAAGCUUUUGUUCCCCCUGAUGCACGUUGAGAAUGGAGAGAGAUUAGCCUGAAAGAAGUAUAGCAAGUGAGAGGUGGACAGCGUCCUCGUGUAGAUCAAAUGAAAUCCUGUCUGCCUAGGAGGUAAGUUAACACAGGAGUUAGUAAUGUAUUAUACUGGUAUGUUUAGUACAUUGCUUUAGAUAGGCCUAAUUCGGCUUAGUAACAAGAAACGACCUCGCCCAAGCAGUAUUUUGACUUGUUAGUAUUUAUCUGUAUCCUUUGUACUCUUAACAAAUGUGACUAGGGUGGAAGGGAGGUAACCUAAUAAGACUAUUAUGCUGCCUUAUCUCAAUUGUUUGUGUGUGUACUACAUUUUAUUUAUUUUAAUGUGGAAUAUUUAUUUUUUUCCUUGGAUUGAAAAUGUGACAAGUGUUCUUACCUUCACGUUGAUUUGGAUUGUAGUUCUGUUUCUGAUCUCCCAUUCUGUGUUUUUAUUUUUCAUCCAUUUUGAUCUCCAGUAGUUCAGGUAGCAAAUGCAUGAAUCAUUUCGCCUGUUGGCAGUUAAACUCUGCCGCCUUGCAACAGUUAUUUUAUUCAGUGUAGAGAAUGUAAUUUUGAGGAACAAAAUGAAUGGCCAAUUUUGUGGGCCUUUGGGUUUCUAUGCCCUACUUGGGUCCUUAACUUUUGACUGAGUGGUAAUUGAAGCAUAUUAGGUAAAUGAGUUAGUGCCAGUGCAACAACAAAAAAGCAGCCCUAUUUAUUCCACAUACUGUCAUUCAUUGGCUGAUGUUACACAAGUAUUCUGCCCAAGAAUAUUUAAUAAAAAAUCAAAAACGUG